GUCAUGAUCAAUCCUCCUCCUCAUUGGCAGCAGCACGUCCAAUACCUCGCCACACCUUUCUAUCACACAUCUGUAUCGACCAGCAUACGCUCAUUCUUGUCUGGCCAGAGUUCUUCCAAUCUCAAUCACACGCCUCGCCAUCCUGCUACCAGCCCCCACGCUCGCAUAAAGGUGAUAACGUUACCCUCACACCAAGCACACGGCCAGCGUGGUCUAUUCGCCAUCAAGAAGAUACCACCACGUACUCAUAUCAUCGAUUAUGUUGGCGAGGUCCACUGCGAUGACAGACCAGAUUCAGACUAUGAUCUUUCCCUCUACCGGUUCCAGGAUGGGACUAGCGUUGGAAUUGAUGCAAGUGCUAUGGGUAAUGAAGCGAGGUUUGUCAACGAUUACCGAGGCAUCCGCGCCAAACCCAACGCUACUUUUGUCGAGGGCCGUACGUCGUCUGGUGAACUACGAAUGAGUGUUUGGAGUGUGGAAGAAGUGAUCAAGAAAGGCGAUGAGAUUGUCGUUUCAUACGGCAAAGCGUGGUGGUACUCUCGGAAUAAUGGCAUGUUAUAAUUGGAAGGAAUUGCCCAAGCAUCCCUUUAAGGCCCUUGUUGGAUCGAGCGAAUGGUACGAGUGAUCGUUACAUAAUUUAUUAGUGUCUGCUCGUUUACGUGUUCGAGGGAACAUUGUCUGGGCACGAUAACGUCGAGUUUACUGGAGGUUUCGGAAGUAUUCAUGGGAAAGUAACGAGGCCCAGUGAAGUAUGCUGGAUUCUGGACCUAUGUACAUGUGCAAGGCUUCUUGUUGUCACAGACGUUCCAGGGUGCUGCCAGUCAGUUGGCUGCAUUCAAAAGAUGCUCCC